CUUUGAACCGGGUCAUCAUAGUCAAAGAAGUUCUAGUCCGUCAAUUGACGGCACGGAUUUUGAAAUGAUUGGAAUCCAUAAAUACCUAGAAGGAAUUCCCGUUUGGUGAGGUAAGAUAUGGGUUUGAACGAAACAUUCACUAUAUAUUAUGGCGCAGGUUUUGGUGUUAUAUAUAACGCGUCCUGAUAUCGUUACUUAUCUCGUCUUCCUCUGUGUUUUUGCGGUCUCGUAUUCAAUCUUUCGGAUGAUAUUAAUCUAAUCUUUCGGCUGAUCUUGGUCUUUUAUAAAAUCUUAUUUCGGUUUGUGUCAAUUAACAACAUGUCGCUGCAAAUCGAACCCAUCAACACAGCCUCCACUUCUUCGGAUAGAAAAGGAAAGUCUGUUGUCUCUCAUUCCAGGAAGCGUACCAAGAUUCCAAAGAACGCCAGAUCUUUUCAACAUAAUGGGACAUUUCCAAGUAUAGCGGAAGUCAUUAUGGAGAAAGAACCAAUUGCACCAACAACCUUGGAAGACACUGAUAUCAGAGCUUCCAAUGGGGAUAACAAUGAUCCUUCCUGGGUCCGAGAACCUGGGGAAACUACCGAAGCUAUGAUUGAGCGUCUUGGCAGAGAAAGACCGAAGAUGUUCAGCUCUAUCUGGUCAGAAAUAGGUUUUGUAUUUUCGAUUUCUAUGUCGCAGAUCCUUGCGGUAAGAGUCCUAGUCCUACAACUAGAAGCCAUGGACUGACCUAAUCAGGAAUACUUCCUAUCAGGCUUCAUUGUCAUUGUACCAACCCUUGCAAAAAGCCUCCACAUCAACCAAGCAUCGGCAACAUGGCCAGCAAGCGCAUUUUCUCUGACUAUCGCGUCCUUCCUCUUGAUAUUUGGAAGGCUCGCCGACAUGUACGGAGGGUAUCCACUAUAUGUUGCUGGCUUCGCUUGGCUAGCACUAUGGAGUCUCAUUGCUGGAUUCUCAAAUAGUGGACUUAUGCUCAACAUCUGUCGUGCUUUGCAAGGCCUGGGACCUGCUGCUUUCCUACCUGCUAGUCUUAUGAUACUAGGAUGUAUCUACAGACCAGGUCCGCGGAAGAACAUUGUAUUCAGCAUUUACGGCGCUUGUGCUCCGAUUGGAUACUAUUGCGGGAUCUUCUUUGCAGGACUUACUUCAGAGAAGAUAUCAUGGCCGUGGUUCUUCUACGUUGGGACGCUUCUGUCUGUCAUUACUGCUUUUACGGCAUACCUCAGUGUCCCUUCGGAUAUCAAACAGAAGCGAGAGGCGGCUGAUAGGCCGAAUAUGGAUUGGCCAGGUGCAAUGCUCAGUGUCAGCGGUCUCAUCAUGUUUACCUUUGCCAUCAUCGACUCAAGUCACGCCCCCGAGAAGUGGGCAACACCAUACAUCUACGGGCUCUUCAUCCUCGGAUCAAUCUUUCUAAUCUCAGCAGGAUACGUAGAAUGCUACCAAGCCCCCGAACCCCUCCUCCGAUCCUCACUCUUCAAAGUACCCUCCAUGCCCGGACUAAUCGUUGCCCUCUUCCUCACAUACGGUGCGUAUGGGAUUUUCUUACUCUACGGCACUUUUUACAUGGGAACCAUCAUGGGCGCCAGUCCCCUCCAGAUCGCCGCGUGGUUCACCCCCAUGGCAGUGGGCGGCUGUCUGAUCUCCACAUUCAGCGGCUUCAUCCUGCAUCUCCUCCCCGGCACAAUCCUCAUCCUCAUCGCAGGCGCAUCAUGGAUCGUCGCACCGCUGCUCUUCGCCAUCGCACCUGAACAGGCGACAUACUGGUCCUAUGUCUUCCCAGCCAUGAUAUGCGCCACCAUCGGCGUCGACAUAACCUUCUCUCUCACCAACAUCUUCAUCACUACCUCGCUACCCGCUAACCAACAGGGCCUGGCCGGCAGUGUUAUCAUGAUCUUGCUACAUUUAGGUAUUGCGGUUAUGCUGGGCUUUGCGGAUGUGAUUAAUGUGUAUAUGGAGGGGAAAGGAAUGAGGGAGAGUUUCAAGGUGGUCUUUUGGUUUGAGGUUGCGUGUGCGGGUGUUGCGUUGUUGGUGCUGGUGGGCUUUGUGAAAAUUAAGGAGGCGAAGAGUGACCUUACUGUUGAGGAGAAGAGGGCUUUGGAGAGUAGUGGUGGUGAAGGGGAUGUAGCUCUUGGGGUGGAAUCUGCUCAGAGAAAUGGAGGCGAGGGAGGGGUUGAGCUAAAGAGUGGUGUUUAGGCGAAUGGACUUUUGGAUUGGUGGGGGUUUAGUAGUAUCUGGGGCUGUUGGAUACACAAUAAUAGGACUAGGAUUGAAUUAACUUAAUGCAAUUUUACCUGUGCUUGUAA